AUGUUGUUCAGCUUCAAGCCCACUAUCCUCCUAGCCCUGGCCCUCACCGCGGUUGCCAGCCCUAUCGCCAACCCGACGGCCGACGAGACCAACACCCUGGUCGCCCGCGCCCAGAUGAAAGAUGUCAACUGUAACGGAAAGAAAUUCGCCAAGCAGGACAUUUACAACGCAAUCCAGCAGGCUAGGAAGGUUCAAACGGCCAAAGACAACCACGAAACAGGCUAUGCAAAAUACCCGGAGGAGAAUUUCAACUUUGAGGGACUCUUUAAAGUCAGCACCACUCUGUAUGAGUAUCCUUUGGUCGCAGGGGGAGUUUACAGCGGCAAGCUGGGAGUCAAUGCAGACAAAUACCGCGUUGUCAUGAACGAGAAGUACGGUUAUGUUGGGUCAUUGUAUCACAUUACGGGUAACUCUUUCAAAAAGUGCGAUAAUAUUGAGACCAGUCCUACCACCACCACCACUACUACUACUAAGACGACUACCACUGCUACUGCUAAGGCGACUACCAAGGCUAGUAGUGGUAAGUCGGGUCACAAGUCUGGUAGCAACUCUCACAAGAAGGGUGGUAAGAACUAG